AUGCGGUCUUUAGCGUCCAUUGCCUUUGCAUUUGGGACCAUCGUCCCAUUUUGUACUGCUAAUGGCAAGUCAGAUGUUAUCUACCGUGAUGUCGCGGUCAUCGGGGGUGGUGCUUCUGGCGCAUAUGCGGCUGUCCGCAUACGCGAUGAUUUUCACAAAAGUAUUGCCUUGAUUGAGAAGCAGGAGAUCCUGGGUGGUAUGGUGGACACAUACGUUGAUAAGACCGGAAAGACCUUCGACUACGGAGUUCAAGGGUUCCUCAAUGUGAGCGGCGCGACUGACUUCUUUGCGCGCUUCAAUAUUUCAAUCGGCAGUGGCGCAACAAGUCCUGCUUCGACUACCAAGUACAUUGACUUCAGGACGGGCGACAAGGUUGAGUUCCAGCCCCCUUCGUCCGCAAAGCAAAUCGCAGCGAUCGCCAAAUUCCUGAAAGUAAUCGAGCCAUGGGAAUCAAUGCUGUUCCCCGGCUACUGGGAUUUCCCUGCGCCUAGUGAUAUCCCCGAAGACUUUUUGAUUCCGUUCGGUGAAUUCUUGCUGAAGUACGGUCUUGAGGAUGGUGCCCCGAUCAUCUACUCAUCCACCGGCCUCGGAGUCGGCAACAUGAGUGAAACUACUACCAUGUUCGCACUGCAAAGCUUUGGUUGGGAUAUGGCGCGUGCUUUGACUGGUCAAAUGGGGCUUUUCACGCCUGCCUCCGGUGGUAGCCAGGCUCUCUACAAUGCCGUUGCGAAAGACCUGGGCAACGAUGUCCUGUACUCCAGCACUGUCGUGAAAAGCCAUCGCACUAAUAACGGUGUCACUCUUACCGUUCGCAACCACAAGACGAAAAAGCAGACCACUAUCCACGCUCGUCGUCUUCUGGUUGCUAUUGAGCCUACCAACGAUAAUGUGAAGCCCCUAGACCUGAGCGCCUUCGAGUCCAAGACAUUGUCCAAAUUCAUUUACUCGAACGAGUUCGCCGGCCUGGUCGAUAACCCCGUCUUUAACACGAGCUCCUACUACUACAACCUGCCAUCAUCGGCAGCACCAGACAAUACCCUCGUCUACCAGGAAGAUCCGAUGGUAGCCAGUUUCCAAUACACCGGGCUCAGCAACUUGUUCCGUGUGAUGGUCAUCGGCAACACGACCACCACUGCCGAGGAAGCCAAGGCACUGAGCCAAGAAAGCUUCAAUACCUUGUUGCAGGCCGGUCAAUUCUCAUCCGAACAGGAUCAGGAGCUCAGCUGGGCCUCGUUCGCCACCCACGGGCCCAUGCAUGCUCGUGUUACGGUAGAGCACGUGAAGGAGGGCUUCUUCCAGGAUUUGUAUAAGCUUCAAGGCGCUCGCUCGACAUGGUGGACGGGCGGCGCCUUCUCGGCAAACUUCCAGACGCAACUGUGGAAGUUUGACGAGGGUCUGAUUCCUAAGAUUCUCAAGGGGCUUUGA